UAAUUCACGUAAAUUGCUUUUAAAAUUUCGUUUUAAAUUUCCUUCAAACAACUGAAUCUCUGGGAACCAUUCAAAUAACAAGUGGGGUUAAGCUUUAGCCCAUUUCCAAGAUUCUUCCUUUUUACGUUUUCUUCAAAUAUUCUUAAUUUCAACCCUUCUCUCCAACACAAAAUCCUCCAAGGCUAUAAACGUAGGAUGGUUCCAUGAUGUUGGUGGGAAAUCCUCCGGGAACAAUCAACCAAACCCAGACAUUUCUGGGCAAUACUCUUCUUCAUUCUAAACUACCUUCUGUUUCAAAGCCUGCAAUUCACCAUAGCUUACCAGGGAUUCACUCUAAUAAUGUAGUUCAUAUUCGUAGUUCAUUGCCUUCAUGGAAAGAUUCCAGUAAGCUUACAACCUAUCUUGUACCACAUCGAGUUGCUCCAAAGAGAUGGCUGUGUCAAUCACAUGGUUCUGCUUCAUCCGAUGAUGAGUAUAAAUCGUCGCGAAAUAUAGCAAUCAGCUUGUUUAGGCGGUACAGGAAUGUCAUCGAUCGUGGAGGAGGUGACAACCUAAAAGAGUUCAUUAGUGCUGGGGUGAAUGCAUAUGCAUUGGGCUGCACUGAUGAAGGAUUGCGGAAAGAACUGAUUGCCAUGAAGGAAUCCGGUAUUGAAAUCGAUGUAAUGCAUAGUUAUGGCGGAAGCACCAGUGUAAAAUCCAAGAUUUGUGCAGAGGAGGUUAAUGAGUGUAUUUUAUGGCUGAGCAUUAUAUUCAUUACCAUAUUGUGUACACCACAACCAACUAUAGUCCGAUGGUCAUCUACACCACCAGUAUCAGAUGAUGUCUUGCAUCAAUGGAAAGGCUUUUGCGCUCUCAUAGCGAAUGCAUACUUCAUAAGAGGAAUGGCAUGGCUUCCUGUGAAAACUCUCCAGCUCGAGCAAAUGGCAGUGGCCGGACGUGCAGAAGAGCCUUCAGUUGUUGCUAGCCGAAUGCGGUUAGUUUUUAGCACACUUGAGGUAGUUAGUCCACAGUGGCCAAGAGUGUAACCAAGUAAUUCAACGUUGUUGUGAUCCGAUUUUCUCAGGAGCAUAUGUCGAGCAGUGGUUCCCUGUAUAUUAAUAAUGUAAGAACAUACGACACUCUGUGUCUGCUUGUAUAAUCUUGUGUUCAUUACCCGUAUUAUAAAUUUAAUUUUCCAAA